UCGAGGAGGGCGCUAAAGACCGCUAACUCCCCUGUAUCCUAGCGGACGUGUGGCUUAUACCUGGCAGACCUGGGCACCUACCUAUAGGUACCUCCUUAGGUAACUUAGAGGCGCUAGGGGCUGACUCCACAGGUACGUAAUCCCCAAACAGGCCGCCGCAGGACCCUUGGUCCAAGUGCUGCCGUGGACAUCUACAGACACGAGCUGCAGACAAACCUUGAAUCCAAUCUGAGAGCCUUACGAACCCUGGCUCUCGCAUAAACUCAACCGCCAUGUCGACACAGUGACGUGAUGGGAACUCGAAAUUGUCAUGCCGCAAGCUCAGGAUAACGCCCGUGUCUUCUUCCUGAUCUUCCUGCUUUUCUGGCUGGCCUCCAGCCCCGAUACAGGUUCAGGACUCAUCGCUGGCCCGUCGCAGGUCCGCAACCGCAUCGCUCAUCAACGCGCCGCCCAUGCCGUCCUGAAUAGUACAGCAUGGGGUGACUUCACCCCCCAGCUUCCCGAUGAUCCACCCGAGACCGAGCCUCAAUAUUUGAACCUGACGGGGUUCCGGGAAGAAGACCAUUUUGCAUGGGAGGAUCUUAGCCGGUUCAAGAGUCGCUGUGAAGAAUGGAGUCGCAAUGCCGUGGGAAUCCCCGAGACCCAAGAGCCCGUCUGGCAGAAUGCUACUGGCGUUGUUCGCGGCUUGUGGGAGCGCUCUAAUGGGUCUGUCUCGAGGACCCAUUCGAGCUACAAUCUCACCCACAUCAGUCCGGACGUGGCAUGGAAUGGCUUAAACUCCGAAUGGAGCAGGAAUGUCACUGGCCGUGAGGGCAAAAUACUCGUACGGAUUGAUGACCCGGAAGAUGCUGCGACGGAGCCAGAACAACUCGAUCCAAAGAUAUUCCGUGAGGACGAAAUCCAAGCUCGUCUUGUCUCUAGUACGGUUACGGUUGAAGACAUUGAAGGGACUGGCAGCAGCUGGGAAAUGCGGCUACACGGUGUGCAUUGGCCUAAGGCCGGAGCGUUACUAUUCACUACUACAAGUGAUAAGUACGCUGGCAUCUUCGGGCUCCCUCAUCUCACUACAAGACCAGACUUCUUUGAAUCAAGUCAAGCGCUGCUAAAUAGAACUCUAGGCAGUACAUUGGAUAGAAAAGAGAGGCGAGCCUUCGCUGACCAGUCUGAUCCUUGGGCAUCUACAAUAGAUGCGCCUGCUGAAGUAUGGAAUCCAGUUCCACACUGCGAGUAUCUCCUUUACAUACAGAUCCACCCCUUAGAUCAUGAUAUACUUCAAGUUCAGCCUAGCCUAACAGGGCCAGAGAAUAUCAUUAAGGCGAUUCAUAAUAUUGAAAACGAAUUACGUUUUCCUCAGGGAACACCUCACAAAGCAACGCCACGGCUCCAGAUGUCGGCAGUUCUUUAUUCGCCUGAUUGUGCUUUUUUCCUUGAGAGCAAGGGUCCUCCAACAUAUGCGCCUGCAGAGGGGGAGCACUUGGUAGGAGUGAAACAGGAGGUCUUUUUGCAUAGUGUUAGCAGUUGGCUUCUGGGGCUUGCCUUUGUGUUGUUCGGCCAAGUUCAGUUACUCAAACUGCAGCUGAGAGAAACGUCCACUCCUUCAACACUGGGACGUGUCAGCUUUUAUACCGCUAGUAUGAUGCUGCUUGCUGAUGGUAUCACUUUUGCUGGCUCCGCCGCCUGGAGCUUGUCCGCUUCAAACACUUUGCUACCCUCUCUUGUUGUAACUUGUGUUUCUUUCCUUUCCAUGACCAUAGGCAUCUUCUUUCUCUCGGAAAUACAUAAAGUUCAAGAGUCCGAAUGGCGACGACAAGAGCGCGAAAGAGACAGGCAAACCCCUCCUGCUGCCAAUGCGACGAGACCACAAUCUUCACCAGAUCGUGUGCCUAGUGGCGAGGGGCGGCCUGCAUCCCCUCCGAUAAUCAUACCUUCAGAUCAGGAUAUCGAUGCGGAAAUUUCCGAAGUUAACAACACCAGCACAAAUAGUGGCACGCUUCCUGCGCCCGUUACAGCUGGGACGCCUACAGCAAACUUGCAAAACAGUGGAACACCUAUUAGUACUAUCUUUGGUCGUUUUGUCCUCAUUGGCAUCUGCAUUCUUUUCCUCAGUCUUGCCGCCAUCACCUGGAGACCCUCGAUCCGCGAAUCAUAUUUCAACCUUGUUGCACUUGCCUACCUGUCCAUGUGGUCACCACAAAUUUACCGUAACGUCUACAGAAAUUGUCGACAAGCGCUCUCAUGGCCAUUCGUCGUAGGGCAGUCCAUUCUACGGCUACUUCCCAUUGCGUAUUUCUAUAUCUGGUCUGAGAACUUUGCAUUCGCCGAGCCGGACUGGACUGCCUUCACUGUUCUCGCAGGUUGGGUCUGGAUUCAAAUUUGGGUUCUCGUAGGGCAAUCUGUCCUCGGUCCCCGGUUUGGGCUGCCAAAAAGCUGGAUGCCAGAGGCGUGGGAGUAUCACCCAGUCUUAAGAGAGGACAAUAUCGAAGCAGGUGGCCUACCAAUCGGCCUCGUCUCUGCACCAAAUAGCCCGAUUAUUGAGCGCGUAAAAUCUGGAGAUGACGGAAAGGAUAAGAAGAGGACAAACAUACAUGUUAUAGACUGCGCCAUCUGCCGAGAAGUCCUCGAAGUGCCAGUUGUCAAGGCUGGCGAGGAUGACCCAACAGCGGGCGGUGUGGCUGGCGUCUUUGCGAGGCGCAUGUAUAUGGUCACACCCUGCCGACAUAUUUUCCACAGUACAUGCCUGGAAGGCUGGAUGAGGUUUAGGCUGCAGUGUCCCAUUUGUCGAGAGGAACUGCCACCACUGUAGAUGCCGGCUCAGCCCCUCCAAUAUUAUUAUAUUUCCAUUACCUCGCCCACUCACUACUUUUUCGAAAUUCAGUUUUUAAUACUUGUAACCCAAUAGCCUCGUAAUAACCAUGCAUCUUCUCUACGUUAAAACUCAAGAGCUGAGGGAAUUCUUUGGAGAUAAAAUUCCACACUACGCCAUUCUUUCGCACACGUGGGAAGAGGAAGAAGUAACAUUAAAAGACCUUCAAACCCCAGAGCAUAAAAGCAAGCGGGGAUACGUCAAAAUUCAGCAGACAUGCCGCCUAGCAGCACGCCAGGGUUAGGAAUGGGUAUGGAUUGACACUUGUUGCAUUGAUAAAUCCAGUAGUGCCGAGCUUUCAGAAGCCCGGUGAGGACAUCGAAGAA